CUGUCGCCCAGUUCAUUCGGUUGUUUAGUUUUCGUAUAUGUUAGAAAUUAACAUCAUAGGCUGGGUAGCGGAACUAGGUGAACGACAAUAGUUCGUUCAGUUUAGUUUGUCGGCCGAUCGAACAUGUCCAAAACGAUUUAAUACAGCUAAAAUAUAUUUGAUUACACAUAAUCAUAGUUUGCAACAUAAAUUGCACAGUAAAGCUCGUAGUAAAGUGAAAAUUAUAAAAAGACAAAACAAAGUGUCUCAGAUCGGCUGCCCUGCAUGAACUAUUUAACAAUUUUGCUGUGCAAUCGUAAACCAACGAUGCUCUCGCGCCGGGGCAAGGAUAAAUCACAGGCACAUAAAGAGGGCGUAGUGGGGAAGUAUGUGAAGAAGGAUACCCCGCCGGAGAUACCGGUGAUAAAUGUGUGGACUUCCUAUUCAGAUCAACAUCAACGUGCAAAAAAGAAGUCUUUGCAGAGGUGUGCAAGUACUUCGCCUAGCUGUGAGUUUAAGCCGCGCAGCUCGAGUUCUAGUCGCAAUACGUAUUCUUGUAGUGAUGUUCAGCCGGAUUACUAUCACGCGCGCAGAGCUCAAAGCCAGUUGCCGCUAAACAAUCAGCAAUCACUUCCAACACAGGGUAACGCACAAUUUCGAGGUGGUAGCAACCAGCUAUGCCAAGGAAACAGUAACUACGUCAACAUUGAGCAAAUGGACCGUAUGCGACGUCAGCAGUCAUCGCCACUGCUACUAACCAACAAUCCAACAAGGAGCUUCCAGCGAAGUUAUUCUGCCCAGAAGCCCUCGCAACCGCAUGGGGGUACAACUAGCUAUGACGUCGAUCAUGGACUACUUAACAGCUCCUACGCAAAUUUGAUACAAAUGCCACGCCGACCCCCAUCACCUGCACAGUUCGCAAUGCAGCAACCACAACAGCUCCUACAUCACCCUUCCACUACAUUUGGAUCAGUGAUUCGAUUCGAACCGUCUACAAUAGCAACAAAAGAUCAACCACGGUAUCCCCAGACAAGAUCACCACUAGGACAACAUCAUCAGCAUCAGCAACAACAAUUGGCAGCGCAUAUGGUUGGUAGUUAUUCCAGCGAUUCGUAUCCAAUAUAUGAGAAUCCGUAUCGCGUAUCUUCCAUGCGGGUGACGCAAUCACAGCGCUCUGAAUCUCCAAUUUACAGUAAUACAACAGCGUCAUCGGCUACGCUUAGUGUUACUCCACAUCAUCAUCAUCAUUUACCAGUACCCUUAGGUGGAUCUCUGAGUGGUCGAGGCGGAAGCUCUGGCAGCAUGCGUGGCGCCUCUACUUCGGUUCAAUCCCUCUAUGCGCCACCUCUCACGCCGCCUGCAUCCAGUACUUCAACUGCUGGAGAUAACAAUGGUAACGGAGCGUUGCAAAAAGUACCCUCACAGCAGUCGCUUAAUGAGAGCGAAGAAUUGCCACUGCCGCCAGGUUGGGCCACGCAAUACACGCUGCAUGGUAGGAAAUACUAUAUUGACCACAACGCACAUACAACGCAUUGGAAUCAUCCAUUGGAGCGCGAGGGUCUGCCGGUUGGUUGGCGCCGCGUCGUCUCGAAGCUGCAUGGUACCUAUUAUGAAAACCAGUAUACCGGGCAGUGCCAGCGGCAACAUCCAUGUCUUACAUCCUACUACGUUUAUACCACGUCAGCAGAACCUCCUAAAGCAAUACGGCCCGAAGCGCCAUUGUAUUCACCACCUUCACAUACACAUACUGCAUUGGUGCCAGCCAAUCCGUACCUACUUGAAGAAAUACCAAAAUGGUUGGCUGUCUAUUCUGAGGCGGACUCCUCCAAGGAUCAUCUGCUGCAGUUUAAUAUGUUUAGCCUGCCUGAGCUCGAAGGCUUCGAUAGCAUGUUAGUACGUCUCUUUAAGCAAGAGCUCGGUACAAUCGUCGGGUUCUAUGAGCGCUAUCGUCGCGCAUUAAUCCUGGAGAAGAAUCGACGCGCCAAUCACAACAAGCUACAAUGAUUCUACAGGCGAAUAUACCGGACUUGUUAUCUCAGCUGUGGUAGUCGCAUCUAAGAGUACGACUGUACAAUUCGUACAACCGGUGUAUUUUUAUAACUUACUGAGAUGUUUUUCAAUGUUUCGUUAGUUCAGUUUGUAAACUGUGAUAUAAUUUGACUUAAAACGAAUGAAAAAUGGUUUCAAGAAUAUAAGUAAUUGUGUUUAACUGAACUAAAAAAAAAUGGUCUACGCUGGUAAUCCGAUAUACAUCUGUUUUUAACAUAUUAUCUUAUUGUUAUUUGAUGUUUGCGUUUUGGUGUAUGAAUAUUAAUCAGUUUUUUAAUAACUAAUAGAUAUGGAAUAAUAUUCGGCCCAACAAAGACUGUAAAGGAAGAACUUAGACAUCUCAAAAAAGUGAUGUGAGUUAAGUUUAUCUUAUCAUAUAUAUGUACAUAGGAAAGUACAUAUAAAUAAUAAAUGCUUUCAGUGUAUGUGUCUUUUCCUUAUGUGAAUGCUCGAUCUGAGAGACUAAGACAAAGAGAUACUUAACUUAAUAUGUAUGUACUUAUGCUAUGUAAUCUUUAAUUUCAUAUGUCUAUAAGUAUAAUUUAUAUGUGUUCAAUCCGACUGCUUAUCCGUCAUAGUUUAACGCAUAUCAGCAAUUACUUUAUAAGAUUAUUUAUAGAAAACGAAGUUCUAUUUAAAUACACGAUAUUCAACUCAAUUCAACAACUGAAGUGCAAAAACAAAAGCUACAAUCGUCGCACGACAGAGCUGUUGAAGCGCGCCGAACCCCACAGCGGCGUGAGCUUCGUUUAUACAUAAGUAUUGGCGCUGUGCACAGCGCCUCAGUAUCUUGACAGUCGUGCCGUUGUUGCUAUCGUUAAACAUAUUGAAGCUACCGAUUGCACUAUUCAAUAGCACGAUCAGUGCAGAAAUAUUCUGUCAAUAUAUAGCGUAGAUUCUUCGGCAUUGUUAUUGUUCAGAAAUCAACAGUGCUUUCCAAUUCACAAGCUUCCAAGUGAAAGUUCUAAUCCGGCUGCCAAAGACAUCUAAAAAUUGGUUUUAUAUGCUGCAUUUUUUAUCGUUUAUUUAUACAGUUGGUUAAGUCAGCAAAUGUGGAUAUUUAGAUAUAAAUAAAUUUACGCAUAUACAAAAUACGAAGCAUGCGAAUGUAUUCAUAUUCAUAUGCGCAUAUAUGUACAUGUACAUAUGUACAUACAAACAAAAAUAAAGAGUGUGAUCAGAAAGAAUUGCAUUUAUGUUCCAACGUGACCAGUUUUCGGUCGGCGCAACUUUGACUUGUACUUUCAAUUCCCAUUCAAAAUUCCCAUUAUUAUAUGAAGUGUCUACUAAUUUAGGCCAUUUAAUGAAAUAGCAACAUAAAAGAAAUAUCUGAGGUGUUCUAAAACAAAAAAGCAACAAAAAAAAAAACAGUAUAUUAAUGAAAAAUGGUACUUUGCUUGAGUUAUUUACGGCAAACGCUUGUAAUAUU